AUGCAUAUUUUGUGAUGUUUUAGUUAUUAAACAACGUUAGUUGUUAAACAUAGUCAAAUGUCUGAAGAAGGUGAAAUUAAAACUUUCGUCGUUUUGGAUUUGGAAACAAAUGGACUGCCAUCGCAACAAUUUAACACUUGUGCCAUCACAGAACUCUCCCUUUACACCUUCUCAGCAAAAUGCCUUACCGACAAAGAUAUUGACACUAAAUUGGCUCUAAAAGAUGUCACAGAGGAAGGAGUUGAGGGUUUCGACCAGCAGCCGCCUGAAUUGCCACGGGUACUUAAUAAGUUGACAUUAAUGAUAAAUCCAAGACGUAUGAUUAAUCCAAUAGCUGAAAAGGUAACAGGUUUAAGUAAUGAGAUGCUGGAAAAUGAAUCAUCAUUUGAUAAAGACACAGCAGAAUGUUUAAACCUCUUCCUGGAGCGUCUAGAGAAACCCAUAUGCAUGGUGGCCCAUAAUGGUUGGACAUUCGACUAUCCAGUUAUUCGUUAUGUGUAUGACAAAUUGAAUAUGUCAUUGCCCUCAUCUGUAUUUUGUGUGGAUUCUUUGAAAGCUUUUCGUGAAAUCGAUGAAAAGUAUGAUAAAAUAAAAGAAACCAAAAAAGUCAUGAACAUACUUGAGGCUGAAGCCAAAGAGUUAAAUGAUGAACAAGCUGUCACUUAUGAAAAAGAAGAAGUUUUAAAUACAAUUACUAGUGAUCCUCUCGAGCAAAAUUCCCAAAUAAAUUGGCAACGUGACAAUGAAACUACUCCUCACAGGAAAAAGAAUACUGAAAAACGUACCUACAGCACUUUAACAAAUGAUGAUGACAACAACACUGCGAAUUCAGCAGCAGAUGGUGAAUCGCCGGCUAAAAAGCGCUCCGUUUCAUUAUGUGUUCGACGUUCUUUAUUUGCGGAUAAUUUUAAGCCCAAAACAAAAUAUCCUCCCAAAGGUGUUUAUCAAUUGGGCAAUAUUUAUAAGCGUUGUUUUCAAAAGGAUCCGGUUAAUCUGCAUCGUGCCGAAUCGGAUGUGGAAAUUUUAUCAAAAUUAAUUUUACAUUAUGGUUUAGAUUUUCUAGCCUACGCCGAGGAACGUAAGCAAUUAUUUACAAAUGUUCCCAAAUUAGGAUCUUCCAUCUAUUGAAUUUGUUCAUUGUAUCUCUGUGUGCUCAUUAUGUGUUAAAAAUAAUUGUAAAUUUUUAUGUAACCAUUUAUUUUUUUUUUACAAAAGUUUUAAAUUUUAUUAUGUAAUAACAAAUGCAUUUUCAACAUACAUAUAUUUUAUUAUGCACAAUAAAAAGUAUUUUAUAAAAAGCAAUAAUAA